AUGCAGGCAGGGUCGGAGCAUGUUAGCAAGAAGGAGGAGCAGGAGACUGCCCUGAGGCACGUGGUGCUGCGGCCGACCGCUGCACGUGGCGAUGAGUUGACUUACGUUGACCUGUCAGGGGAGGACGUGCAGCGAGUGGCAAGAGAGGCGGUGGCCAGUGCGAAUGAGAGGCAGGUCAGCGGUGGGAUGGGGCGCGUGCUCUCCCUCUCUCCCUCUUCUGCCUGGUCCCCUCCCCCACACACAGGGCAGCGCGCUGCUGCUGAUCUCAGUGCUGGAGGCACAGUUGGUGGUGCCGGGGUACAGAGAGUUACAUCCUCACUCACACUGCUGCUGCUGGCUCCCCUCCUUGCCUCCCCUCCACACACAGCGCACGGCGCUGCUUUUGAUUUCUGUGCUGGAGGCACAGGUGGUGAUGCCGGGACGAGCAACAGCGAUGCCACGGCUGAUACUUCACAAGGGGCGAACGCGAGUGGUGCCGCUUCUGGUGCAUCUUCAGCAGCUGAAGGGGCAAGGUUGGUGAGUGCGAGUGGGAGGGGGUUGGUGAAUGUGACGGCGUUUGCGGUGGUGGCGGGGACGCAGCGGAAUGCAACAGUGGGGGAGAUGGGUGUGGCGGCAGCAGGGGGGUGUGCCAGGAGGAAUGCGAGCAGCAGCAGCGCUGCUGGUGGUGCUGGUGGUGGCAGGGGCAGUGCAUUCAACAGCAGCAACAGCAACAGUGGAAGUGGCGGUGGUGGGGUGGAGUGGGACUUGGCACGGGCCAUGGCAGGGGUGUGUGUGGAUGAAGGGUGGGUGCUCAUCCCUGCUGCUACUCCUGCUAACAAUUCAACGAUUCCCACUGCCCCUAGCAAUGCCUCCUCCAAUGCCUCCUCCAAUGCCUCCUCCAAUGCCUCCACUACCACCCCUUAUACCGACACCUACAAUGGCUUCUCGAUCCGCUUCCUCGCUCUCUUAGCCCUCCACCAACUCAAUCGGAACAGCAGCCUCUCUUUGAAUGUGACUCUGCUGGACGUUCUUGUAGCGAGGGCAAAUGUGGUGGAGGGGGCAGGGAUCAACUACAGCGUGACUGUAACAGCAGCGGUGGAUGCAGCACCUGCAGCGCUGCUGACAGUGCCUGGAAGCAAAGCCAAGGCAGUAGAGGUGGGUGCAGCUGAAGAGCAGGCAGGGAAGCGAGUAAUGGUGGUGAAGGUGGUGGUGUGGCAGUCGGUGCCCUUCACGGCUCACCGCCUGGUUGACUUCUUCCUACUGGAUGGGGGAGACAGUGGUGAGGGGAGUGGGAAGCAAAAGUCGGAGGGCGUGUUGCUCGUUGACUGUGCUUCCCCACCCGUGGGCCAUGUCCUCCUUGCCAACUGCACCACAGUGCCCACGGCUGGCUUUUCUUCUGUAGUUACAACGUCAUCCUGCCUGCACCAUGCCCUGACCCAUGGCAUGGGGUGGGGAACAUAA